AUGUUCAACACGAUCUUCGGAUGUUUCACCGUUUAUUCCACGCUAAUGCUCUUACUCGCGGGUGUUGUACCGAUCAUGGACGCACAGUGGAGCGUUUCGUCGUGGUUGUCGUUCGGUAUUUAUACUUUGAUCGCGUUUCCACGGAGCACGCACCAAUGGUCGUUUCUGGGCUUGAACUUUUGGCAGAAUCAGACCGUGGAGAAACCUUCGAACGAAUUCAAUUUGAUCGGAAAUCCAAUCUCGAAGGUUCUCGACUUCUUCCCCACCCCGGUGCAAGAGGAAUGCCUAUCACAAGACAAACGGCGGCAGGGCGUAUGCAUGAACACGUAUGAGUGUCACAUUCAACGGGGGAAGUCCCUUGGACGAUGUGCACUUGGUUUCGGCGUGUGCUGCAUAUUCACGGCAAGUUGCGAGCAAGAGGUGCAGAAUAAUCUGACCUACGUGAUCAGCCCUGGUUUCCCCAACCUCAUUGACUGGCCCAUGAACUGUUCAGUGGUCGUGCGGAAGAUCGAUAGGCAGGUCAGCCAGCUAAGGAUCGAUUUCGUCCACUUCAACAUAGGUCAACCCAAUUCAAGGACUGGUGUAUGUGACGAAGAUAUUAUGGAAAUUAGGAAUGGCAGAAGCAUAUUUCACAUGUGCGGAUGGAACAGUGGCCAGCAUCUAUACAUCGACAUGGACGAGGAUCAGCCGUUGACGCUGCACUUCCGAUUGCCCGAUGGCCUCCAGUCCAGAAUGUGGGAAAUGAGAAUCGUCCAAUUGGACUUCGAGCAGCGCGCCCCUACCGGCUGCCUCCAGUACUUCGAAGGCAACAAUGGCACCUUAAAAUCCCUAAACUUUCUCUCGAACGGAAGAUUUCUGGCCAAUCAGGAUUACUUACUCUGUAUUCGUCAAGAAAGAGGGAUGUGCGGAAUCUCUUACUCGCCCUGUUCACCCGACUCGUUCAGAAUAGGCCCGUCCAGGAUGCAAUCGACGAAUCGUACGAACGCGAACGUGUCCGUCGCCGAUCAGAGUCAUGCAGUCACGAAUUUCACCGAAAAAAGGAAUAGCACCGACACGGGGUCUACGAACGCCACCGAUAACGAGGGAUCUGGAUCGAACUCCAUGGACGAUUUUCUCACCUCCAUGAACAUGAGCAAUCCAAUGGAGCAAGAAGCCGAUUCGUCGGGGGGGAGCAGCGUUUAUGGGCAAGAACGAUGCCGUGACAGGGUGCUCAUUCCCUGUGACUUCGAGGAAUUUAUCACGCCUGGCAACAACGAGGCGGGUAUUUGCAACCUUGAACAUUGCGGCAAUUCACUGUGCGAUCGAAACCAGGUGGACGAAGAAGGCAACUGUCGCGUGGAGACUUGGGCAACGCCCUUUCGCAUCAGGGUGGCCUUUGGCCCUGGAGAGGAUACCGGAACCACCCUCGAGGACAAUAUUGGAAUGUGUCUCGUGUACGAGCAAUUAUCCUGCAUGGCUUGA